AUGAGUAUCCUCAAUUUUAUACCAUCCGCGGUGAAGUAUCCCUCUGUAAUCUUUAUCCCUUAUUAUCUCCUCAUACUCAUUUAUCGUAUUUUUUUUCAUCCCUUAAGAAAGUACCCGGGACCCUUCCUUGCGAAGUUGUCCGGCAUUUAUACGGGGUUCUACGCACUGUUGAGACGCCUUCACUUGACUACUUAUUCAGAUCAGAAGAAAUAUGGAGGGCGUUUAGGGGGGCCAGCAUUGCGACAUGGUCCCGACAAGCUCGUAUUCAACUCAGUUGAGGCGUUACAAGACAUCUACAAUAAUGAGAGAGUUACAAAGUCGCAUGUCUAUAAGCUCACCAUGAGGUCUGGCAAACCAAGUAUCUUCAGUACCAUCGAUAAACAGCAGCAUAGACUUAAGCGCAAGCUCAUCGGACAAGCCGUCAAUGAUAAAGCGACGCGUGCUUUUGAGCCUACCAUGAUAGAGCAGGUCGAUAUCUUUAUCAAACAACUCAUGGUUUCGUCUCAAGGCUCUAGCCCCGUUGAUAUGACGGAACGCUGCAAGUGGCUCGGCAUGGACAUUGUAGGCCUUCUUGCGUUCGGCUUUGCUCUUAACAUGCAGACGGACCCGACAUAUCGGUUCAUCACCCGCGGGCUUGGCGUGGGGACGUACCAGUUGAACAGCUUGAUGCAGUGGCCGCUGCUAAAGAACCUAGGGCUUCACCGCUUACUUCUCCUCGUGGGUUAUGGCCAGCGGGUGAAGUAUCUCCGUGCGCUACAGACUAUGAUCAGCACUCGUUUAUCUCAGGAGAAACAUGCUAAGAAUGAUCUCUACUCGUUCGUUGCCGAUCAUCUCGACAAUGCUGCCGACGGGAUUACGACCAGCGAGCUAUGGUCCGAAGCCUUGUUUUUCCCAGCAGCGGGCGACACAACAACCACAGCCCUAAGUGCACUAUUCUUCUACCUCUCGCGCUACCGCGAAGUCUACAAAAAACUAGCCGCCGAGAUCCGGCGUUCCUUCUCUAGUAGCGCUGACAUUAAAAGCGGCCCUCAACUCUCCAACUGCCGCUACCUGCGCGCCUGCAUCGACGAGGCCCUGCGCAUGUCACCACCCAUCACAGGAACGCUGUGGCGGGAACUACCGCCUAAGGAACACGCCCGCGAGCCGUGGAUCGUCGAUGGCCACGUAAUUCCGCAAGGCACCCAGGUCGGCGUGUGCACAUAUGCGCUACACCACAACGAGGCGUACUUCGCCGACCCGUUCAUCUUCCGGCCCGAGCGGUGGCUCGAUGAGAACGGUGAUCCGGAGGCGCUCAGUCGCAUGUACGCUGCUUUCAACCCGUUUUCGGUCGGCUCCCGGGCUUGUGCGGGGAAGAGCAUGGCGUAUCUAGAGGCGAGCUUGGUGAUUGCCAAGACGCUUUUCACGUUCGAUUUCUGGACGGCGCAGGGGAAGGCGGGACAUGUAGGGGCGGGAGUUCCGGGUAGGACGGAUGGGAGGGGCAGGCCGCAUGAGUUUCAGUUGUAUGAUACAUUUGGCUCGCAGCAUGUUGGGCCCAAGUUGAUAUUCCGCCGGCGGGGCGAGUUUGGAGACGAUAUUGAGAAAGAGGUCUUGGGGUUUUGA